GUGCUCUAUAAAGUUCACUGUUUUAUUUUCAGUAGAUAAUAAUUUAUAUAAUAAAAAAAAUGUUAAAGGAAUGAUGAGUUGUAAACAUGGGAAGUAAAUAUCAAGUUGUUUUUAGUUGGACAGUUUUUAUUGUGUGUAUGUCAUCAUGGAUAGGUGGUUUUAUCAGCUUUGCUGACGACUCAAGUGUAGAGAAAGCUGAAAGUGCAAGUGUCAAAAAGAAAAAUGAAACAGCAGUAACACCAUCAAACGACGUUAUUGUGGAGGUCACAAACUCCAUGGAAGAUGAGGAAGAUGCCACAACGUCUGUAGUGAAUGCUGUUUUCUCACAUUCCAUUGCACCAGCUACCCCAGAACUUUUACUAAUUCCAUCAUCAGUGAUGCAGAUGGCUUCAGUGAUCAGCAUGUUGCCACCUGUCAAUCCCUCCGCAUCAAUCAUUCCUAAACAAUCUGCCAAAGCGGAAAUUAACCAUCUUGAAAAUGAAAAUACAAUUGAAAUUGAAGGAAAUACUUUUUCGUAUGAAAGUCUUACUGGUGCAAGUGAGGAAAAUCAUGAUAAGGAGGAAGCCGUGAUUGAAGAUGAAGAGAAACGCUUACCUCAUGACCAAGAGGAGACCAAUUGCGAUGACGCAAAUAGCAAAAUUGCUGAAGAUGAUGACUCUGCAAAAACUACGGAUAUUGAGAAGAAAAGUGAAAAUGAAGUAGAUGAGAAACCAAGACUAGAUAACCCUACUGUCGGUGAUGAUAAAGUUAUUGCUACUAAAAACGAAAACGAAGAAUUAAAGUCACAUGGUGUAGGAAAAAGUCCUUUUGAUGCUGUUGUAGAUGGUAAGAGUGAAAGUAAAAACGGUGUGGUUUAUAGUAAUGAAAGUGAGACGAUACCACCUAGUGAUAAAAAGGAGAAAGAAGAUUCUGAAGGAGGCGAAAAAUCAAAAGAUAGCGGCAUGUUAUCAUUUACAGAAUGGAAGAAAAAACUCGACCUUAAGAAAGAAAGAGAAAAAGAAGAAGAAGACGUUGUUGAUAUUUCUAAGCUCGUUUCGCAGAAGAACAAGACUGUGUUGAAAAAAACAAACAAAAUUAAAAAGAACUAUGCUUCUCUGGAAUGUGGAGCGAAAGUUAUUUCAGCUAACGAAGAAGCCACGAACAUUAUUUCUGUGUUGAAGGAAGACAAAGAUGCGUAUAUGUUGAAUCCAUGCAACGUAAAAGCAUGGUUUAUUGUAGAACUUUGUGAACGAAUUGAACUUCAUUCAAUUGACUUUGCCAACUUUGAAAUGUUUUCGUCCACGCCGGAAUCGUUUGUUGUGCAUGUGAGCAGCCGAUAUCCAACCCGUGAAUGGGAAGUGGCGGGGAAAUUUCAGGGAAAGCCAGAGAAAAAUGUCCACACGUACACUUUCGAAGAAAGAUUUUAUGCAAAAUAUAUCAAGAUUGAAAUUAAAAAGUAUUUUGGAAAAGAACACUACUGUCCAUUAAGUCUUCUCCGUGUGUUUGGAAUAACCGAAGUUGAACAGAUCGAAGACGAAGAUGAACACGAGCAAAGUACAGACGAUGCAAGUAACACUGAUGAAACGCAACAACAAACUGAAAAGACAGACAACGAUAACAUCUUCACCACAGCUAAAAAAGCCGUUGUCGGUUUAGUAAGCGGCAUGGCAAAGAAAUUAUCAGGCCAACCGGAAGAUGAUACAGUUCUGAAAGUAAACAAAACCAAUGAGGACGGAAAAUUACCUGUUGUGACUUUACUUCCUGACAGCAAUGUUGACUUUGACGAAAACUAUUUUAUAAAUGGCGUACCACAGAAACAGUUAGCACAUCUGAACAAGUCUGCGAAUCCUAACUGCAGCUUGUGGUUCAAUUUUGUUUUGUGCAAACACAUGUGUCCAACCUUGAAUUUGCAAUUACAUAAUGUUUCGCGUUAUGUUAAAAAGCAUAGAACAAAAAAAUCUUACAAGAGAUUUAUAAAAGAAACCAAGACAGAGUCGCGUAUAGAUUCUAUAAUUGUGAGUAGUUCUGAAACUUUGUUGGAUAGUUCUGAAAUUUUAGUAGAAGAAAAUUCAGUGCCUCCUUUACCUGUUCCACCGUUGGCUGUGACAGAGUCUAUGGAAGUUAGUGUUGCAUUUAAAUCCUCAGCUUCCAGCUCCAGUGUCGUAGAAAAAACUACGUCUGUUUAUAAAGCAGUAAACAUUGAGAGCAAAAACGACAUAGCAACUACGCAGAAAAGCAAAGUAGACAAACAAAUGUGUUCCAAAGAAACUAUGUCACUUGACGUACGCAGCGUUGUACCGCCUAAUCUACAGCCUUCCUAUGGGGUGGACAUAACAACUGCGUUAUCUUUGGCUACACAGUCGCUGGAUGCUGUGCAAAUCGAGAGUAAAAUGGACAAAAAAACGACCAGUAGUGAAACCAGUACAAAACUUUUUUUUAUAACUUCAACAUCUUCUUUAAAAUCAGUUGAAAAAACGCAGGAAUCUGUGGAUGUUUUAGAAUUUAAAGUCAACGACACUGUCCAAGGCGGUAUAGUUGCUGAAAAAAUUUUGGAAAAUGAAACAAUAAGUCGUGCACAAUCACACACCACCUCGACCACAGAUAUUUUAAACACAUUGGAAAUGGAAACUAAUGAGGAGAGUAUUGAAAUUACCGAAACAGAUUCAAGUCAAAAGUAUGCCUCUAGUGACUCUACAACUGCACGGCAAAAUAAAACUGAUGCUGUAGACGUCUCUUCAUCCUCUUUUUCAGUAAACAGUCCUUCCGAACAGUCCCUAGAAAGUUUGACAGCAUCUAGUACGGAAAUGUUACCUUCGGUAUUAAAUACAACCCCUCCUAAUACAGAAACGCCUUUUAAUAUUUCACCUUCACCAUCUCGUCAAGUGAUGUUCAGCAUUGUUCAAACCACAGAAAGUGACAUUGUUACUGUUUCCACAACAGAAAGUGUGUCGAUUGAAUCAGAAGCGGUUAUUACUGAAAACACUAUUGUCUCCUCCACCACUCAAGUGAAGAAUCCAACAGGACUUUCAGGUAGCAAAGAAUCCAUUAUUGUUAAAUUAAAUGCUAAGGUUAAAGCGUUGCAGGCGAAUCUCACGAUGAGCAUGAUGUACCUAGAGGAGAUGAGUGAAAGAUAUCGAGCUGCAGUGGAAGAAGUAGACAAGCGCCACGAGAAGAAAUCAUUUGCACUGAAUGUUAGCUUGAAAAGUCAUCAAGAUAUGAUCGAGCUUCAAGCUGCCCUCAUAUCUAACCUUACAAAGAAAGUGGGAGAAUUGACGCAGCAGAUUUUAGAUUUAACCAAUGUCACACAACACCAGCACACAAAACUCUCAGAGACUCAAUUUACUUGGAUGUUUUUGGAAAUUGUAAUAAUGUUAAUGGUUGUAUUAUUGUGUCGUCGCGCGCCUGCUCAAGAACGUGUGGAGGAGAACAGAAGAAGAUACAGUGAACCGGCGAUGAAUUACAAGCACACAAAUGGCACGUUGAAACGACCCUACCUUUCGUCCUCCACUGGAAGCAUUGCAAUGAAUGGAACCGUCCCCCAUGUAAACACACAACAGUCCAGUCCCACCCAUGUUUUAAGCACUUGCAAUGGUACAGUUAAUUGUCCAAGUAAAAGAAAAAGACGAAAAAAAAGUCGUGGUUUAGACAAACAAAUUUUUAGCCAAGACGAAGAAGCCAAAGUGUCGAAAUCAGCUGGCCUAUUAUUUUCUGCAGGAAAUAAAUUGAUCAGUGGUAUUACAGGAGCUUUCUGUAUGCAUAAAGUACCUUCAGAAAAGCCUUCAUUGCAAGCAAGCGCAUUGUUAGAUGGCAUUCCUACUCAAAACGGUUCUAAGCCUUUCACUAAAUCCGAAAAUCACGUCGACUGUGGUUCCAAAUCCUUCGCCAAAUCCAAAAGUUUCGAUCUCCACACGAUUGAAGAGAUCGAUAUGCAUGGAAACCUUUCUCGAUUUUACAGUUCAGAUAUUUUGAACAUAAAGAGCAAGAAAAACAGCCGAAAUAAAGUUCAUAAAUCUGGUAUCGGGAGGUUUGGGUCAUUAAAUUAAAUAUAGAUCGUUAAAUACUGGUUAAGUAAAGGUUUAAAAGAGGUUUACAAGAAUCGAAAGGGUCGCGGUUAAUGUCGUAUGUAGGCACGAGAGUUAUUUUUAUUAUUAGAAAUAUUGUUAGCAACAUUUGAGUAGCCGUUUUUAGAUUUUUGAGAAUUAAUAUUUAUUUGUGGUGGUUCAUUGAAAAUUAUUUAUCGUUUUUUGUUUCUUUCUGGCGUGUUUCGUAGCACUGUUAUUCAAUGUUGUGAAUCGUGUUUGGACUUUGUAAUGCAUUGCGACACAUUCGUCUACAGGUCUGCUAAAGUUUGCAAAAUUAAAAUUCCAUAACAUUUUGUUUUGGGUUUUUUGUAACCAUCAAGAUCUGUUUUCAACUCUGAAAAUAAUUCACAUUUUCCCACAAAGUUAACAUUCUAUAUAUUUGGAAUUAUUUGAAGAAAUUUUUGCACGAUAAUGUUUCGCAGUUUUAGUGAACGUUUUUCGUAAUUUUUCAUGUGUAAGCAUUUUGAGCCAACAUUUGAUAGUUCUUUUUUAGUAAGUUGCAAAAUCCUGCACUAUUUCACAUAUCGGAAUUUCUACUUUUAUAUAUUUCUUAACAUUGUACAUCAUUUCUAAUUUCUUAAUUUCACAUAGAUGUACUACUUGUUAGACUUUUGCAAGUUUUCUUUUUUCAUCAGAGCAUUGAACGAAAAGAUUAAAAUUUUUCCUGUCAUUAAUUUAAUGUUGUUAACUUUAUUUUUGUUUCUUGAAGGAGUUUAACCUUACUGUGAGAAAGAAAGGCGAAUUAAAACCA